AGUACUAACAGAGGAUCGCGAGUCAUUGGAAGCCAUGGACGGUCAUAAAUCUAGAGUGUUCAGCGCGUGUUUCAACCCCAAAUCGGCACACGAGCUGAUAAGCGGUGGUUGGGACAAUACUAUUCAAUUUUGGGACACUAGGCAACCGUACGCACUCAGAAGAAUAUCGGGUGUGCAUAUGUGCGGCGAUGGGCUCGAUAUCAGUAGGAAUGGAAGAGAGAUUUUGUCGUGCGCGUGGCAAAGAGAGAAUCCCAUACAAUUGUGGGACUACGGUAGCGGAAAGUUGCUCGCUUCCUUGGAACCCGACAGCUAUCCUUCCCUGCUCUACUGUGGCAAAUACGUGUCGAACAUGUUCAUCGCUUGCGGUGGCACGGAUACCAAUCUCUUCAGAGUGAUCGACUUGCGAUCUCACGCCACGUUGGCGAUGAUCAGGAAUUUAAGAGGUGGUACGUACAGCUUGGACAUUGGCCCGAUAAACCCAAAGCACGCAAAGAAAACGAGGACCAUCUCCGUCGUACCACAACUUGCGUUCUGUGCUGGCAAGCGGAUAUUCGAGAUAGACGCGCAACCAAGUUGA